AGGACAUCAGAAUUUUUGUUUCCACUGUUACCUGGUUACGUACAGCUGAGCUCUCAGCUAGCUUCACUUCAUGCAGCUGCUAUUUCAAAAAGAGGUGGUUUUGCAGUCAGUCACCGAUGAAAGCAUCUCCAAGAGGAAAGGAAAGCCGCUCCGUGCGCUAGGGGAGGAGUAAGGAGGACUUGGGUGUGUAUGCUGCGAAUGGCGAGCAAUGCGGUGAGGUCAGGACUUCAACUCUUCAUUGAACCAAACAAAAAAUAAAUUAUCUUCACCGAGAAGGGAUGAUGCUGUCGCUGAGAAACACGUUGCUGGUGCUCGCAGUGUGUUUUCUGAUGGCUGACUGGGAUUUGUCCGGCGGUAGUCCGCAGAAUGAGAACGGUAACCUGGACACUUGUUCUGGAAUAGCGUACAUGGUUAGCGUGUCCUCACGCAGUGUUGCUGCUGUGGACGAAGCGGACGUGUGCACACCUUUCGCAGCGAACAGUUCGCAUCAAGCGCUGACGGUCGAGGAGAAAGAGGACGCCCUGCAGUCCGGUGUUGUGGCAAGUUGCUGGCGUGCCGCUGAGCGACCGUGUGCUUCGUUGGGGUUCGCUCUGAGCGCAAUUCGCUCGUUCCUGGAAGGAGCGGACGAUAGCGAUGCUCUGAGCGCGCUAGCGGAUUCGAAUGCCCUAGUGAAAAACAGCACAAUCGUUGUUCGACUGGAUAGUGGCUUGUAUUCCAGUCUUGAGUUCCAAGAUAGUGGGCUUCGGCAACUGAGCGGCAAUGCUUCGGUGGUGUUGAUGCGGAUGAACUACACCAAGGCUGAGACGGCAGCAACCAGAGCCGGCAGAGGCAAUAUCACGGCGUCAAACUCUCCGGUGCUGCAUUGCCAAGGCGCAACGGCAACCGGCUCGGCUUUUUCCUUGCUGCAGUUGGAUGCGGGCGCUCGCGUGGCAUUGCUGGGUAUUGUGCUGGAGGGUUGCCAUACACACAUGGCCUUGCUGUUGGUGGUGAACAGCAGUGUGGAGCUAAGUGACUGCACAGUGAGACACAACCAGGGUCAAAUCUUGGCCGCCCUCAACUCUCAUGUCCGAAUCUCCAGAACUGUUUUCAUUGAGAAUCGAGUGUCACUCUCUCAUGUGGCGAGCAAUUUCUCCAACGGCGAGGUUGUGUCGGUCUUUGGCGGCCACCGCUGGAAGUCGGGGACUCUCUUUUUGCAGUAUAACCACUCAGCUGGUGCCGCGGCCACGACUGGAACUGAGCAGACAGCCACUCCGCUGGUGUAUCGCAGCGCAUCGAUAACUGACUCAUGGUUUGAAGGCAGUGGAUGCAACCAGUCCUCUAUCACUUCAAAAGAACAACUUGUGACCGGGUUUCUAGAUGGGGCUGCGAUGGGUGUGUUGCUCGAAGGUACGAUGGCGGACAUCAGCGUGGUGAACACGGUGUUUACAGGCAAUGCAGUGUGCGGCAGAGGCGGUGGCAUAUUCUGCGACAUUGCCGAAAGUGGCGGCCUGAAUCACGUCAACAUCACAAACUGCACUUUCUCGGAUAACGUCUCCAACGAGGAGGGCGCCGGUCUGUCGAUCAAGGUGGUGUCCACCACGUACAACAACACAAUCCUGGUGACGGACUGCAGCUUUCUCAACAACUGGGCAAUGAGUGCGGCUGGUGUGGACGUCCUCUUUGACCCUAUAUGGAUUAGGCCUGGCGUAACACCGGGGCCAGAGUUUGGAAAGCAGUACAUCAGGUUUCUCCGCUGCACGCUGACCGGCAACCAGGCGUUUGCCGGUGCACCGUCGUUCCGUGUCCGCGGUCAUUACAGUCUGCAUCACUAUGCACAGCGCAUCAUAGUGCAAGACUGUACGUUUGAACAAGCCGUCUCGACCGCUAAUGAUUACGCUGCUUCAUUCCUGGCCGUGCAAGCCAACGUUGAGUUCUACGGCAUCAAUCACUUCACCAACAACAAUGUGACGGCGGUGAUGUUUGAGACAGCCAAUAUGUAUGUUGGUGGCAAGAUUGUGUUCACUGGCAAUCGCGGCCAGCAAGGUGGUGGUUUGAGAAUACGCAUGGUUAGCCAGGUAUUCAUGGUAGAGGGUUCAGAGCUGGAGUUCUACAAGAACCAUGCACACAUCUCAGGCGGUGGCAUUUACUGGGAAGGGCCACCGGCUGCCACGCGAAGGGCUUGGUUCCGCUACAACCCGGACUGCAUGUUUGCAUAUGCCAGCGACCGGCAGGCCUUUCCUCGCAACUGGAAGUUUAAUGUCUCGUUUGUCGAGAAUUCAGCCGGUAAAUCCGGCGGUGGAGGAGCUGUCUACGCUACCAGCCUGAGUCUGUGCAGCUGGACAGGCUAUGAUACUGCUCCAUAUCAUGAUAUACACAGUGCACUGCAGUGGAGCUUCAUGCAUUACAGAGGUAACUAUGUUCUGGCUGGCAGUGGAGAUCGGAGAGCUCAGAAUGACAUCAGCACGGUGGCGUACAGUAUAACUGCUGCACACAGCACUGCCACUGCACACAGCACAGCUACACAGGCUGCUGGUGCAGGCAGUGCUGCUAAGAAUACUGUGAGUGUACCACGUUUACCUCCUGGAGAGUUCUUCCCACUCAACGUGUUUGCAUUGGAUGAGCUGGGACAGCGUGUGGCUUCCAUGGUCUAUAUGAGACCCAACACUAGCCAAGUCUUCCUCCCGGUCGACGCCUUCUUCACGGAAUUCUACUUCAACACAACAGAAGACCCAGAUAACGAUGGGGAUGCAGACUUGGAUGAGAGAGAGGACGAUUUCCGAUACGUCUUUCGUCCCAAUACCUCCACGCCAGCGAGCAUCAACUUCUCCUUCACUCUGCGGGAUAACAGUGUUUUUCAGGCUAGUAACCAUCAUGUAUUGGUGAUAGAGGACACCGGUUGCCCGGUCGGCUUCACGCUGCAGUGCCAUCGCCGUCGCUGUUCAUGCGUCUGUGCCAGUACGGACAGCAAUAUUGAUGGUCUGGUGCGCUGUGCUGGUGAUCAGGUGUUUGCACUGGUGCCCGGAUACUUUCUGGCUUUGUCGGACGACGGCCAGAAGUUCGAGAUCGUUCCGUGUCCGAAUAAUUUCUGUGCGUGUCGCACGCAGCAAGGCGCUGAGACUGCACAGCAAGCAGCAGCUCAAGCUUUGUCCAUACGUACAGUACCUAACAUCAUGUUACCCGGUGAAGACUAUCUCCAGCCUGUCUUCCAGUGUAUGGUGAAUGUCAUACAAGCCAGAAAUACAUCUUACUUGUGCAAUGCGCAGCGGACUGGACCUCUGUGUGGCCAGUGUCUGUCCAAUCUGAGUUUUCACAAACACAGCUAUGACUGCCGCGACUGCUCCAAUGCCAAGAAUGGACAAUGGAGACUGCCCGUUGUUGUGGUUGUCAGCGUCCUGGUUCUGCUGGUGCUGAUCAAGUUGAAAUUGAAUAUUCCCAGUCGGUUCUUCGGAUUCUUGCUAUAUGCACAGUUUUCACAGUAUGAUCAUGUUUCCAGUGCGGAUCAGGACUGGGUUGUAUUAGUGGGAAUCUACAUCGAGGAUUUGAUCAGUGUUCGAUGGUGGUUUGACCAGUGUUUGUUUGCACACGAGACGGCCGUGACAAUCCUAACCUUUGGCAUGCUGCCUGCCGUCAUCUGCCUUGCUGCCAGCAUCAUUGCCUGUGUACUGUGCAUCUCACAUAAGGUGUACACGGCAUUGCGGCUAAACCCGGACCGUGUGAUCGCAUCGACAGUGCACAUCUGGCUGGUGGUCUACGGUGGAAUACUGCUGCAUAGCUUCAGACUCGUACACUGUGUACCUUUGUUUGGAGAGAGGGUGUUGUUCCUGGAUGGCUCUGUGAAGUGCUUCACAGGGAAUCAUGCCACUAUGGCUAGUCUAGCAAUCCUGUGCAUUCUAGUUGUGGGAGUACUCGGACCACUAGCUGUUGUUGGACUGGCUAUGGGGAAACUCAGGUCAAGGAGUCGGGUUGCUAAAAUGCUUUGCCAUGACCUGCGCGAUGACCUAGCCUGGUGGUGGAUAGUGGAGUUUGCUGCACGUUUCGUCAUGGCCAUUUGUAUUGCUUUCUGGAACCAGGGAACUAACAUGAUGUUACUGCUGAUUCCAGUCACGGCGUUCAUGACGCUGACAGCACUCGUACAACCAUACCGACUGUUCCUGGACAACGUGCUCAUGACGGUUUUCUUGCUGGACUUGGCAACAGUGGAGACACUGCGUUCACCUCGUACACACGAUAUCCUGAAUGACAGUACAGGAUACAGAGCCCUGCAAGCCAUGGCUUUCUUGCCCUACGUCAUGUUUCUACUGAUUCUUCUCCACUACAUAGUGGUGAGAUUAAAAAGAGAUCAGCCUGAGACAUCAUGGAGAACAAGAGUUCCGUAUGAUGAUGUCUUCAGCUUUGAAGAUGCCUACACGUCUCGCUCGUCACGGUCACACUUGGCUGAACGGAGCAUUGCCGGUAAGAGCUGGACACCGUCCAAGGCAGGACAGAGUCUCGGCAUUUCCGUUCAGGCAUCAACGCGCAUGCGCCGCGUCAGCAAGGCCUCAUCCG